CCUUCCCUCCCUCCCUCCCCUCUCCGCUGGGUUUGUGCGCUGGGGCGCCGGAUCCUCUCCGCAGCCCGGACGCGCGGAACUCUAGGCAGGAGUCCGCUCGCUGGAGCCUCCUCUCUCCCUUCCCCUUCCCUGCCCCCUUCCCCCACCCCCGGACUCGGGCUCGGAGCCGUGGCCAGAGGAACCCCAAGCCCCAACCCAGGCCUCUGAGCUGGAGGGAUGGAGAACUCCUCGGCAGCAUCGGCCUCCUCUGAGGCAGGGAGCAGCCGCUCCCAGGAGAUCGAGGAGCUCGAGCGGUUUAUUGACAGCUAUGUACUCGAGUACCAGGUGCAGGGGCUGCUGGCUGACAAAACGGAGGGCGACGGAGAAAGUGAGCAGACGCAGUCCCACAUCUCCCAGGAGGAAGCGCUCAAUGGCGGACCACCCCUGAGAGGCUUAACUGAAGAAAACGGUAGCAAAGACAGCUCUCUGGACAUGCUGGGCACGGAUAUCUGGGCUGCCAACACCUUUGAUUCCUUCAGUGGUGCCACCUGGGACCUGCAGCCUGAAAAGCUGGACUUCACCCAGUUCCACCGGAAGCUGCGGCACACGCCUAAGCAGCCCCUGCCACACAUCGACCGUGAAGGGUGUGGAAAAGGGAAGCUGGAAGAUGGGGAUGGGAUCAACCUGAAUGACAUUGAGAAGGUCCUCCCAGCCUGGCAGGGCUACCAUCCAAUGCCCCAUGAAGUGGAGAUCGCGCACACGAAGAAGCUGUUCCGCAGGAGGAGGAAUGAUCGAAGACGGCAGCAGCGACCUCCAGGAGGGAACAAGCCACAACAGCAUGGUGACCACCAGCCGGGCAGUGCCAAACACAACAGGGACCACCAGAAGUCCUACCAGGGGGGCUUGGUGCCCCACCCCUCAGGGAGGCCCACCCAUCACGGCUACAGCCAGAACCGGCGCUGGCACCACAACAACAUGAAGCACCCCCCGGGCGACAAGGGGGAGGCAGGCACCCACCGCAGUGCCAAAGAGACCCUGGCCAUGGAGAGCCCCAAGCUCGAGGACGCCCUGGGGGACACUGGUCACAGCAGCCUGGAGCCCCCCCGCAGCCCUGAUGCCCCAGCAGCUUCUGACAGGCUGCCCCCACAGCAGCUGGGGGGUCCAGAGGCGGAGGCAAGGCGUAAGGACAGUAUUAUUCCUGAGCGCAGCGGGGAGAGGCCCAGAAUCACCCUGCUCCAGUCCUCCAAAGACAGGCUGCGGCGAAGGCUGAAGGAAAAGGAGGAGGUGGCAGUGGAGACCAUUGACCCUCAGCAGAACAAGAUGGACAAGUUGAUUGAGAUCCUGAACAGCAUGCGGAACAACAGCAGUGACGUGGAUGCCAAGCUCACCACCUUCAUGGAGGAGGCCCAGAACUCCACCAACUCCGAGGAGAUGCUGGGAGAGAUCGUCCGGACCAUCUACCAGAAGGCCGUGUCCGACCGCAGCUUCGCCUUCACCGCUGCCAAGCUCUGCGACAAGAUGGCGCUGUUCAUGGUGGAGGGGACCAAGUUCCGGAGCCUGCUCCUCAACAUGCUCCAGAAGGACUUCACGGUGCGGGAGGAGCUUCAGCAGCAGGAUGUGGAGCGCUGGCUCGGCUUCAUCACCUUCCUGUGCGAGGUGUUCGGCACCAUGCGCAGCAGCACGGGCGAGCCCUUCCGCGUACUCGUCUGCCCCAUCUACACCUGCCUCAAGGAGCUCUUGCAAUCUCAGGAUGUGAAGGAAGAUGCUGUCCUGUGCUGCUCGAUGGAGCUGCAGAGCACAGGCCGGCUGCUAGAGGAGCAGCUGCCCGAGAUGAUGACUGAGCUCCUGGCCAGCGCCCGCGACAAGAUGCUGUGCCCCUCAGAGUCGAUGUUGACCCGGUCGCUGCUUCUGGAGGUCAUCGAGCUCCAUGCCAACAGCUGGAACCCUCUGACACCCCCCAUCACGCAGUACUACAACAGAACCAUCCAGAAACUGACAGCCUGACAGCCAGGGGGCCUGGCGGGCAGCCCUUGGGCAGCUGGGGCCUUGGUGCACAGGGCCAGAUGGACAGGCGGCAGGACAGGGGUGGCCCUGGCGGGAGAAAGAAAUGAGGAAGACAGGCAGGGCCAGCGGCCGGUCUGGAGCCAGACGGGGAAGGGAUCGAAUCCCUGGGAGAAAUGCCCCCCGUCUAGCCCCCCUCAGCCCUGAGCAUGCGGCAGUCACACCAACAAGGGAAGCAUGUUUCUUUUUCCUGGUGGCCCCGGCCCUGGCCCCUCCUCACUCCUGCUCCUCUCCCACCUCCCAUCAAACGCACCCCCACAGGGCUUUGUGUGAGGGGUUCCAUCUUUGUGACUCCUCUGAGGCCUUGGCAGCCCCGCACACCAGGGUACCGCUUGGGUCAGAAAGGACCUCAGAAGGCUGCAAAAGUGGGUCGGAGACGGGGCUUGCAUUGUUCCCACAUGCUGUCAGCCGCAGUCGCCAACUGGCAGCAGGCGACGUGUAGCAGAUGUCCGGGAGGACAAAGGCGGGCACGAUCCCCACCAGCCGCCAGUAAUUGACAGCCUUUGUCCGCCACGGUCGAACUGGGGAACAGAGGCGAUCUCCUCUAACCUUCGCGCUCCACCUUCUCAACUUCAAUCCGCCUACCUUCAGCCCACCCCCACCCACCACCCCCGCCUCGGGCCUUGGGGGCUGGGAGCAGGGAGGGGAGCUGGAGUUCGCAGUUCUGUUUGCACUUGUGUUUUGUUGUGUUUUAUUUUUCAAAAGUUAGCUUCUUUGAAGUCUCUUCUCUCAAUGAAAAGAAUCCGUGAUGUGAUCACAGCCAGCACCAUGAGGACCCCCUGAUUAGUGGGAGAUCAAACCGGCCCCCUCUGCAAGGAUGCUAGCCACAGACAGCUUGCCAGUAGCCAAUUAGGGUAAUUGGAAACUUCUGCCUGGCAGGGGUCCCCACUGGAACCCUGUGCGCUUCAGCCCCUGGCUUCCCGCAACGUCUUUCAUUCUAGCUGAGCGCUCUCAAAGGGCUGUUACUGUUGCCACUUGGGAGUGCAUUAAAGCCCGUCCAGGCCCAGGGCCUUUUGGUGAACUGGGCACAGAAGGAGGCUGACAAAUUAAAACCCAAAUGCUAGGUAAUGCUUCCUGCUCCACACACAGGUUUUGUCCCAAGCUCUUACUCGGGGAGAGUGGGGGAGGACGGCUGCCUGGCUCCCGGGGACUUGUCUCACUUCCUCCCCAGCCUGAAGGAGGGCUCUGUCGCUCCCCAGCUUUCACAUGGGCAUGAUCCAGAAGCACAGCCCUCCCCCGGCCAAGGCCCGUAUGCCGCGGGAAGACUCUGGGCACUGCAGCCCCUGGGCUGUAGGAGAGGGUACAUUCCCUCUGCCACAAGUAGGACAGUCGGGCAGAGGGGUGGGCCGCAGAUGCAUCUCCCAAGGCUGGGAACAAGGUUGGGGUUUCUUGGAAGGACUGGGUCCUGCAGAGCAGCCCUUUCUCUGCUGGAGGAAGACGACGGUUGCACACUACAAGGCUGGCUUUGGGGUGGGCCCUGGCCCCAGCAUAUCCCCAUCUCUGGGCUGGAACCCUCAGUUUGAUGAGCCCCCAGAAAAAGACCUUAGAGGCCGGCAGCUUUCUGAUUUGCCCCCUUCUGAAAUUAGUCACUCCCUGGAUCCCCGGAGGCCCCCGGCUGCCUGGUCCAUUCAAGCUGGCAGGGACGGGAGCUGGAGGAGGCUUCCCUUGGUUGACUCCGAGCCUGGGAGAGCAGACAGGGUUGGGUGGGGGCAGGUUCCCAGUACUCCCUGGCUUUCCCCACCUGCUGUAACCUGCCCUUCAGCCCUGAAAAGGGAGCUGGUGUCAGUCCCCAGAAAGAGCCUGCUGAGGGCCCAGGUUUACCAGGCACAGGCUGGUGGUCUCUGCCAGGAAGCCCAUGCUGCCCCUGGCUUUUGCCUUCUCCCUCCUUCCCAGGCUUUCUGAAGCUCUUCCUCACUGCCUUCCUCCUCAGCCUGGGACCCAGGGACACCAGAGGGCCCCACAGGAAGCCUUGAGGGAAGAGCAAGGCUGAUGUCAAGAGGCUCAGAGAGGGCAGGCACCAGGGAAAUCAUGGUCUCAGGAGUCAGGCAGCCCAGCCAGGCGAGCAGCUGCUCCCAGGCAGCCCUCAGAGACCGGCACCUGUGCUGAAAUGGGCCUUGCUUACCUCUAGUGAGGGUGUGUGUGUGUGUGUGUGUGCACAUGUGUGUGUGAACUAAGCAGGGCCCAGAGGAAGGGCGGUACAAGCUGAGGAGGCAGGGGACUGGGGGCUACCCCCACCGACCUAGGGUCAGAGAGCAGGCUGCAGGAAGGUCCCAGGCCCCCCAUGUACAGGGGGUGAUGUUCCCUGGAAGGCAGAGACGGGGACACGAGGGCCCCUUCCUCCUAACGGCCUUCAUGGUCUUGCCUCAAGGCCACCCCUCCUUGACUGUUAGGAUCAGGGUGUGAAGAAGUGAGAUAUAAAUAUGUAUACAUAUAUAAAUAUAUUUUUAAUUACGUGUCGUGUCACCAUGGCUCCAGCCAUAUGGUUUGCCCAGUUUAUUCCAUUGCUUGAAAGCACUUCCUGGCCAAUACAAGUAACAAUUUCAGGUGUUUUUCUAAAUGCAGGUCGUUGCUACUUUUUCAGACAUGGAAGGAAAACAUUAAAAAAAAAUUAUUUUAAGGAAAUAACAGUAAAGCCUAAAAUCUGAACUCUGAGGCAGCUUCCCAUGGAUGACUACUCAGCUAGGAACUGAGGGGCAGAAGUGAGUGCCCCGCAGGCCUGCUCCCUCCCCACUGAGUAAGGAAGGCCAUAUCCAAGCUGACCUCUGAAUGUAUUUGGUGGGAGGCAAACCUGGAUAUUGCAUUUCUGACGCUUGUGUUGUUUUCCCUACCUGCCUGCGGCUUUCUUGGCACACUGAAGAGGCAAAGUCCGGCCAUCUGACGUUGAUCCAGUCUGGGUCUCUCCCCGCUGCCACUCAAGACGAGAUAGGCAUUGUUUUCCUCUCCGGCAGCUAGCCUGCUCACCACAGCCCUGCUCGCCUUGGUCUUGUGGCUUUGCCUCAGCUCUGGGACCGCGGCCCCAAAAGGGCUCCUCACUGCUCCUGGAGAAGGCGGGAGCCCUGUGUCCUCCAUGGGGAGUGUGCACCCCCAAACUCAGUUUCAUCUGUUUGUCCUUAAUCUGUCUAUAAACCUUUAAGGUUUAGGGAUUGUCCUGUCCAUCCAUGUAAAAUGUACAUGUUGGCCGAGUCGGUAUUUAUUCUAAUUUUUAUUUUUAUUUUCUCUGAGGGAUAGGGAGGAGGGAUGUGAGAAAUGUACCACUGACCCUGCUCUGGGCAGCUGAUGGGGGUGCCCAGAUGGCCAGGCCACCACAAGGAGCAGCCCCCCAGGGCUGCCCGACACCGAGUCCCAGUGUCUUAUCUGGCAUCAGGAAGCUGCCAGGGUUCCUCAGCUGACAAGACUCUCAGGGCCUGCCCGUGUAGUCCUGCCCCUCAGCUGCCAGGCACUCUGUUGGGAAUCCUCUGGCUGGGCCUUUGAGGAUGCAGAGCAGAAAGAAGACAACUGUGCUCAGGUCACGGCACAGAAGGGCUGCCUGCCCACCUGAGCCAGCUGGGAGCCUGGUGAUAGGACCUACCUCCCGGGAACAGGGGCCUGGGGCUGCCCGCCAAAGCGGCCAUGGAAUUCUGCUACUGCAAACACCUUCCCUCCCUCAGUCUGUUCUGCUUUCCAGCUGAACCCAAACUACAAGUGGGUUUAAAAAAUAAACACCAAAAAACAAAAA